UCUCCGGAAGCGCCAGCCCACACUGGCCGGGCACGGCACACCAGGGACUAUGGUAACGCGCCGGAGGCUGAGGAGAACCCGGAGUUUUGGAACAAGAUGGCGGAGAGAGACAUCCAGGACGCCUUACGGAUUCAACGGAGCCACAACACGAAUAUAGCGAAGAACGUGGUGAUGUUCCUAGGCGACGGGAUGGGCCAGGUCACUGUGACGUCAGCACGGAUCCUGAAGGGACAAAAGGCGGGAAACCCUGGAGAGGAGACCGUGUUGGCCAUGGACUCACUGCCGCACGUGGCGCAUGUCAAGACGUACAACAUCGACGCGCAGACGCCUGACUCUGGCGCGACCGGCACUGCGUUCCUGGGCGGGGUAAAGGCGCGGUUCGCGACGAUCGGCGUGGACGGCAGGGCCCGCCUGGAGGACUGUAACUCUACCCGCGGCACGGAGGUCCGGUCUGCGCUAGUCUGGGCGGAAAUGGCAGGUAAGUCCACGGGAAUCGUGACGACCACCCGCAUGACCCACGCCACCCCGGCGGCGGCCUACGCUCAUACCGCUUCCCGCGACUGGGAGGCGGACAGCGUUAUGUCGCCUGAAGCUGUCCGGGACGGUUGUAAGGACAUCGCUGCACAACUGGUGGACGACAAUCCCGGCAUAGAGGUGAUUCUAGGAGGCGGUCGAGUGAUGUUCCACGCCGGUGCCGACCCGGAGUACCCUGCCGACCCCGGGUCUAACGGCGUGCGGAGUGACGGCAGGGACCUGGUGCAGGCCUGGCUGGACGGGAAGACGGCAGCGCGGUACGUCUGGAACGGGACGGACUUCAGAACCGUCAAUCCACAAACAACUGACUAUCUGAUGGGUCUUUUUGAGGCGUCUCAUAUGAAAUACAUGACGGACAGAAAUGACUCUGCAACAGAAGAGCCCACCCUAGCGGAAAUGACGAGAAAGGCCAUCCAGAUACUGCAGAAGAACGCAAACGGCUUCUUCUUGCUUGUCGAAGGCGGUAGGAUAGACCACGGACAUCACGCGGGAAAAGCAGUCAAGGCUCUCAACGAAGCUGUGGCAUUUGACGACGCCAUACAGGUCGCUAAAGACAUGCUGAACCUGGAUGAGACUCUCAUCGUGGUAACGGCUGACCACGCCCACACCGUCAGUCUGGGGGGCUGGGACACCUCCAGAGGCAACGACAUAUUUGGCAAGUUGGAUCCGGAUUUUUACCUGGAAAGCCAGAACGCUUACGCGGUUGUUGACCGCAAACCGUACACGGCACUUCAGUACGGUACCGGUCCCGGACACAACAUCUCCCAUGCUCGCCAGGACAUCACCAACGUGAAUACAGGCGACCCUAACUACCUCCAGCAGACCGCCGUGCCCAUGGUGUCGGAGAGUCACGGCGCGGAGGACGUCGCCAUCUUUGCCGCCGGCCCCAUGGCUCAGCUGUUCCACGGCGUGCACGAGCAGAACUACAUCGCGCACGUCAUGAAGUACGCCGCCUGUCUGGGGGAGUACGCAGACGACUGCGAUCGGGAGGAGCGGGCAGCGUCUGGAUCCGCUAGGGGGCGCUUCAGCAUUGCUGCUGUGUUCUUGUCCGUCUUCUUACAGCUUGCGUGGUUCUAAGUGUACCAAUAACGUAGU